AUGGAGACCCUGCUUGGUGGCCUGCUGGCGUUUGGCAUGGCGUUUGCCGUGGUCGACGCCUGCCCCAAGUACUGUGUCUGCCAAAACCUGUCUGAGUCACUGGGGACCCUCUGCCCUUCCAAGGGGUUGCUCUUCGUGCCCCCUGACAUUGACCGGCGGACGGUGGAGCUGCGUCUGGGUGGCAACUUCAUCAUCCACAUUGGCCGCCAGGACUUCGCCAACAUGACGGGGCUGGUGGACCUGACCCUGUCCAGGAACACCAUCAGCCACAUCCAGCCCUUCUCCUUCCUGGACCUCGAGAGCCUCCGCUCCCUGCACCUGGACAGCAACCGGCUGCCCAGCCUCGGGGAGGACACCCUGCGGGGCCUGGUCAACCUGCAGCACCUCAUCGUCAACAACAACCAGCUGGGCGGCAUCGCCGACGAGGCCUUCGAGGACUUCCUGCUGACACUGGAGGACCUGGACCUCUCCUACAACAACCUGCACGGCCUGCCCUGGGGCUCCGUGCGGCGCAUGGUCAACCUGCACCAGCUGAGCCUGGACCACAACCUGCUGGACCACAUUGCCGAGGGGACAUUCGCCGACCUGCAGAAACUGGCUCGCCUCGACCUCACCUCCAACCGGCUGCAAAAGUUGCCCCCGGACCCCAUCUUCGCCCGCUCCCAAGCCUCCGCCCUGACUGCCACACCUUUUGCUCCACCCUUGUCCUUUAGUUUUGGGGGGAACCCGCUCCACUGCAACUGUGAGCUGCUCUGGCUGCGGAGGCUCCAGCGGGACGACGACCUGGAGACCUGCGGCUCCCCCGGCGGCCUCAAGGGCCGCUACUUCUGGCACGUGCGAGAGGAGGAGUUUGUGUGCGAGCCGCCUCUCAUCACCCAGCACACGCACAGGCUGCUGGUUCUGGAGGGCCAGGCGGCCACGCUCAAGUGCAAGGCCAUCGGGGACCCCGGCCCCCUCAUCCACUGGGUGGCCCCUGACGACCGCCUGGUGGGGAACUCCUCAAGGACCGCCGUGUACGACAACGGCACCCUGGACAUCCUCAUCACCACGUCCCAGGACAGCGGCGCCUUCACCUGCAUCGCCGCCAACGCCGCCGGGGAGGCCACGGCCAUGGUGGAGGUGUCCAUCGUCCAGCUGCCGCAUGUCAGCAACAGCACCAGCCGCACGGCACCCCCCAAGUCCCGCCUCUCGGACAUCACUGGCUCCAGCAAGACCAGCCGGGGAGGGGGAGGCAGUGGGGGCGGGGAGCCGCCCAAAAGCCCCCCGGAGCGGGCUGUGCUCGUGUCUGAUGUGACUACCACCUCAGCCCUGGUCAAGUGGUCGGUCAGCAAGUCGGCGCCCCGCGUGAAGAUGUACCAGCUGCAGUACAACUGCUCCGACGAUGAGGUACUGAUUUACAGGAUGAUCCCAGCCUCCAACAAGGCCUUCGUGGUCAACAACCUGGUGUCAGGAACCGGCUACGACCUGUGCGUGCUGGCCAUGUGGGACGACACGGCCACGACGCUCACAGCCACCAACAUCGUGGGCUGCGCCCAGUUCUUCACCAAGGCUGACUACCCACAGUGCCAGUCGAUGCACAGCCAGAUCCUGGGUGGCACCAUGAUCCUGGUCAUCGGCGGCAUCAUCGUGGCCACACUCCUGGUCUUCAUCGUCAUCCUCAUGGUGCGCUACAAGGUCUGCAACCAGGAGGCCCCGGGCAAGCUGGCAGCUGCCGCGGUCAGCAACGUGCACUCGCAGACCAACGGGGCCCCGCCGCCCCCUCUGGCCAGCGCGCCCAGCGGGGCGCCCGUGCCGGGGCCGCCCAAGGUGGUGGUUCGCAACGAGCUCGUGCACUUCAGUGCCAGCCUGGCCCGAGGCAGCGACUCCUCUUCCUCCAGCUCCCUGGGCAGCGGGGAGGCUGCAGGGUUGGGACGGGGUCCCUGGAGGCUCCCCCCGCCUGCUCCCCGCCCCAAGCCCAACCUUGACCGCCUGAUGGGGGCCUUUGCCUCCCUGGACCUCAAGAGUCAGAGAAAGGAGGAGCUGCUGGACUCCAGGACUCCGGGCGGGAGAGGGUCUGGGACAUCGGCCAGGGGCCACCACUCGGACCGAGAGCCACUGCUGGGGCCGCCUGCGGCCCGGGCCAGGAGCCUGCUCCCCUUGCCCCUGGAGGGCAAGGCUAAGCGCAGCCACUCCUUCGACAUGGGGGACUUUGCCGCUGCGGCUGCGGCAGCCGGAGGGGUCGCCCCGGGUGGCUACAGCCCCCCUCGGAGGGUCUCGAACAUCUGGACAAAGCGCAGCCUCUCUGUCAACGGCAUGCUCUUGCCCUUUGAGGAGAGUGACCUGGUGGGGGCCCGGGGAACAUUUGGCAGCUCCGAGUGGGUGAUGGAGAGCACGGUGUAGGCCCGUGGGGCGGGAGGUGGGGGGGGGGAGGCUCCUCCUCUCACCCUUGCAGGGUGGAUAAAGGGGAAAGAAUCUA